AUGUGGUUAUCAGAUACUCAGAAGAUUGGGGUUGGGCUAACAGCAUUUGGUAUAAUUAUGAUGGUACUUGGUAUUCUGUUAUUCUUUGAUGGUGGAUUAUUAGCCAUAGGAAAUAUAUUAUUUCUUUCAGGUAUAACGUUAAUUAUUGGAUUUAAGAAAACAAUUAUAUUUUUUUUUGCUCGUAAAGAUAAAAUUCGAGGAACAAUCUUCUUCUUUGGUGGGAUAAUAUUGUUGGUUUUCGUUAAAAUGCCAUUUUUGGGAAUGAUUGUUGAAUUUUUUGGAUUCUUAAAUUUAUUUGGGGAUUUCUUCCCGGUGAUUAUAAGGUUUUCAAGACAGCUACCGAUCAUAGGAACUAUACUCUGUGCACCAUAUAUUUCAAACGUCGUUGAUAAGCUGGCAGGAUCAAAAUUACCAGUGUAA